GAGCUUUCAAACUGAAAGCAGUCAGUCGGCAGCCGACCGUGGUGCACGAGUUGUGAGUUAUGUUGUUGUGUUUAAGGAACAUAUAUCGUCUUCACGAUAUUGUGACAGAAUAUUUGGAAACGUGAACAGUGAAUUAUUUUCGAGACGGUGUUCCGCGGUGGCCCGGUAAAAUCAACAGACGUCGCGGAAUAUAAGAAGCUUCGGGGGAUGCGAAAACCGGUGGACGAUGUCGAUGAGACCGGCCUGGGGGCCGAAGUUGUUUCUCGUGCUGGUGACGACCACGAUCGUUAUCGGCAAUUAUCAGCGUCAUCGCGAGAGGAUCUAUUUGCGGGGGCAGCUCGUUAACGGGCACAAAGUGACGAAGAACAUCACUCGAUUGCAAGAGGAAAUAAUCGCUAAUCUACCACCUCUUCGAAUUCCUCGCUUGAGGCACCAUCGAGUAACAGAUUGGGAUCCUUACUUCGAGAAUGCUGAAGGUCAGGGAAUUAAUGGAUCUCAGAAUGUUGCAUUGCAUCUUGGUGCGACAGCUCUUCUCGAUUGUCGCGUCGCCAUGCUUUCUGGAAAGAAGGUCAUGUGGUUACGCCGCAACGCAGACUGGGCAUCCCUUUUAACCCUGGGUAAUACCACUCACAUUUCCGAUCCCAGGUACAGCGUUAGUUUCCAAUAUCCAAACAACUGGAGACUGGCGAUCGCCGGGGUGCGCAGGGAGGAUCGUGGCUUGUACGUCUGUCAAGUGAACACGCACCCUCCGAGGAUGCUCGUCACCAACGUCACUGUUCUGGCUCCGGACAUAAGGAUCCUGGACGAGGCCAGACACGAACUUCGAGAUCGGUACUACAAAACCGGAAGUGGUAUCGAGCUAGCCUGUGUCGCUCGACCUUCUUGUCCCGACUCCAGGAUACCGCAUCCUGUCUGGAGGAAAAAUGGUGAGACGUUGCCGGAUCAUGUCAACGUUUAUCACAUUAAUGGGUCGAACGAAGAUCUGGUGACCAAGCUAUAUAUCGAACAGGCGAAAAAGACUGACAGCGGCGAAUACUCGUGCUCAGUGAGCCAAUUCAGUACCGCCGCGGUGCAUAUUCACGUCCUGAAUGGUGAAAAGCAAGCUGCGGUUCAUCAUGAUCAAUGGAAUGCAGCGCGAACAAAUUGCGAAAAAUUGAAUAACUUGUACACCACAAUUGCCAGCUUUGUUUUCCUCCAGACUUGGAUGAUCAGCUCGUCAUGAACCUCAUCAAAAAAAAAAACAAAAUCUUCAAAUUACGAUUGCACACUACAUAUUUCGCAUCGCUCUGUAUUCAUGGAUGUCCGCCAAAAAGCAUUUCUAGUAACAGAUCAGUAUUACAAUUGACGAAAACUGCCGAAUAAACAAUUGUACGCAAUAAAAUAGUAUGUACACAAUAUUAAAAAAAAAAAAUAUGUUCAUAUGAAAUUGUGAAUAUUGAUCCGAUUCAUUCGGAUUUGGUAAGAAAAAUAUUUCAUGGAAAUUUAUUUUAUGAAACUGGUUGUAUCUAAAAAAUGUAUGUUACAGUUUUUUUAUCAUUUUACACAAUUUUGUGAGAUUAGAUAGAUUAACAUUAUCUUACUACAUCACUAUAUUAAUUUUAUAUGAUAUUUUGUAAGAGUUUAUAUUUUUAUUUUUCUUUUCAAAUAAAAGUUUGAUUAAAAUUGAUAUUUUACAAUUAAAUACAUAGUUUAAAUAUAAAAAUUACUAAUUAAUUAAUUAAUUAAAAAAUAACGAUAUCAUUGAAGAGGUAACAAAAGUUCUAAUAAUAUUGUAACAUGCGUUUAUUAGGCAAACCAUAAAUGUCUUCAAAGAGCAAUUGCGAAUAUUAGUAGUUUAAAGAUAAGGAAUAAUAAUAAACGUUCCAUUCUUCUCUUCUCGAUGGCCUGUACAUAAAAAUAUCUUCAAUAUUGUAUAGUCAAACAUUAUGCUCGAUUGGUCGAUCCAUUGCGAUUUGAAAUAAUUUUACAAGUAUGCAAAUCGCUUGCUCUUAAUUAUGUGUAAAUUGCCCGUCUUAAAUCGACCAGUUUAGCUAUGCGCAUACGUUCACGGAUAAUAAAAUAUCAUUAACUAAUUUCAUCUAAAA